AUGGGUUGUUAAGCAUCUAAAAAAUAACGUAAAACUUCUAGAGAUAAUCGUCCUAGUUUACUAGAUGGUUCAAAUGAUCUUUAAAAAUAGAAACUUAUAACUUUAGAGACAAAACCAGAAGAAAGAAAAAGCAAAUAACCAAAAUCAUUAGAUAAAAAUAAAAUAGUAGAACUAUUUUAAGCAGAACAUUAAUAAAUUUACAGAAAUAAGAAAUUCUAACAUGAUUAUUUUAUUACUGAAGAAAAAGUGUUAAUAAAUGGAUUUUAAGGAAAAAUAUUUGUUGUAGAAAAUAAAGUUACAGGACUUAAAAGAAUAGCUAAGAUUGCUAGAAAUGUAUUAACUAAUAAUUAAAUUAAUGAAUAUUUAGAUUAUUUGCAAUCACUUAAAAAAAUAGUAAGUUUUAUAAAAAUUUUAGGAUCAUCCUAAUAUUAUAAAAUUAUUCGAUUUUUAUCAUGAUGACAAACAUAUAUACUUGGUUGAAGAAUACACUGAUGGUGGAGAUUUAUAUUAAAGAUUAAAUACAGAAAUGCAUAGUUAAGAGAAAAUUCAUGUGGCAUAUGUUUUUUAAUAGGUUUUGUCAGCAAUUAAUUAUUUACAUUAAUAAGAUAUUAUACAUAAAAAUAUUACAAUGAGUGGAGUAGUUAUAGCAUAAAAGUCUAAUUUAUUAAUUAAAUUAAUUGGAUUAGAUGAUUUAUACAAUAUCUUCUAAGAUUUCAAUUCUGAUAUCAGUUAUAGAGCUCCUGAAACUUUUGCUGAAAAUUAUUAAUGGAAUAAAGCUGCAGAUAUUUGGUCUGCUGGAAUAAUUUUAUUUGAAUUAAUGUAUGGAACACAUCCAUUCAAAGAUUAGACUAGAUAAUUAACUGUAUAAAAUAUUAAAAGAAAUAAUAUCAAAGAAGAUAUUGAUUUAAAUUCAAUUAAUGAUGAUGCAUUUAAAUUAAUUAGUGAUAUGAUUAAUCCAGAUCAUAAGAUGAGACCUAAUACUAAGGAAUGUUUAAAAUAUAAGUUUUUUAAAACUAUAAGAAAAUCAUCAAUGAAAAUAACUAGUGCUUUAUUAAGAAUAAAAGAAUUUUAAAGAAAAAAUGAAUUAAGAUUGAUAUUAUUAAGUUUAAUGAUAGAAUAUUUAAUGUCUAAAGAAGAAAGAGAUAAAAUAGCAUAAACUUUUUAAAAAAUAGAUAUAAAUAAUGAUGGUAAAAUAUCUAAAACUGAAUUAUAUUAAUAAUACUUUGAAAGUUCAGGUAAUGAAAAUUUAGCAAGACAAGAAGUAGAUAGAAUCUUCUAAUAAUUAGAUAUCAAUAAAAAUUAAUUCUUAGAAUUCAAUGAAUUUUUAAUUGCUUCAUGUAAUAAAACAGCUUUAUUUAAUGAAGAAAAUUUAAUGAAUUUCUUUAAUAAAUUAGAUAGAGAUCAUAGUAAAUAAAUAUCUGCUAAUGAACUUAAAGUCUUUUUCUAUAAUACUAAAUUAUCUUAAUCAGAUUGGCAAUAAGUAAUACAUUUGGGUGAAAAAAAAGAAGAAAUGAAUAAUAAGAUAUCCUAUGAAGAAUUUAUAUCAUUAUUAACUGAAAAUGAAUGA